AUGCGGCCGCCGAGGGUGGUCAUACUCAUCUUCUUCUUCUCAGCCGCCCUCUUCCUAUUCUGCCGUUCCAUCACGUCAUUCGCACACCGAAAGCGCGAACCCGAAGGGUCGAUAGCCUCGCCGAUACCAGAACAGCCGCCAGCAAAUUCCAAGCUCCGAUCCUUCUUUUCCCUCUCGACACCCUUCUCACUGUUCCCUCCGAAUGCCAUAAUAUCUCUGACGGACGACAACAGUACGUCCUUUCAGGCUCGGCCCGCCGCUUUUGGGCCACAGCUUCCACAGAAGGGCCUGAGCGGUCAGCUGUGGAUUGGAAGCGGCUUUGCCGACGACAAUCUGCCCGAAGGCGAAGGUGAAGGGGAACUCGGCUGCAGCGAUGUGCCAGGUUGGGAGGAUGGGGCCGCGGGGCUAGCUGCACUAGCUGGUCUGAAGCCCAUGAAGAAGGGGGGUUUCACAAAGACCACCAAACUCGGGGCUGGAGAUGUCAAAUCGUCCAAGAACUCUAAGAGAGAUGUUGGCAAUCCUGGUGGCCCCGUCGUAGAUCGCAAGGCGAAAUCAAGCAGUCGUGAUGAUGCAAAAAAGAGCCGGCCCUUUGACGACGGCACGGACGAUUAUCUUCACCAGGGAUUCCAGCGAUCCUCGCCGUUGCGUGGAGACAAGUCGCAGUCGCAUUCCGACAUACAGUCCAUGCAGGAGACUGCAGAGAUCACGGGCAAGGUGGUGCUGCUUAGCCGAGGAGGUUGCGGUUUCCUUGAGAAGGUCAAAUGGGCUCAGCGCAGGGGUGCUGUUGGUGUAAUCGUAGGAGACAACACUAAGGGCGGCCCGUUGAUUCAGAUGUUCGCCAGAGGCGACACGUCUAAUGUGACGAUCCCCGCAAUCUUCACGUCGCGCACGACGGCACACAUUCUGUCCUCGCUAAUGCAGCCCGGCAGCUUCAUCGAGGACAUCAUCGAUGAGAACGGCAAGGCCGUUGUCAAAGUUCAGCAGACCGAGAAGGGUCGAAAAACACGUCACCAAGCCAACAAGGCCGAGGUUGUCAAGAAAGAGCUGCCUAAAAAGGACGUAUCCAAGGAUACCACGGCCACUACUUCGCCGCCUCCAGCGAAAUCACGAGGCUGGUUGAGCAGCUUCUUCCGCUGGAGCGUUGAUGUCGAAACGGUCCAAAAGGCCAACUCUCGAGACUGGGUGCUGGUGGACGAUUGGAGUGAUGAGAAGGACUCUCAGAUCAGGGCCAGCAUGGAAAAGGCUGCGAACAAGGACCGAGAUGGUUCAGGGGACGACUUGGACAAUUCGAAUUCGGAUGCGCAAGUCCAAUCUCUCGAUGGCAAAUCAGGUACCGGUAAAGAAAAGGACAAAUCAUUAAAGGAGGCAACAUUUAACAUCGGUGUUACUCCCAGCAGCGGACAGUAUGCCCCAGAAGCCGCAAAGCACGGCAAACUUGGAGGUAAAAUCUCCAACAAGGCGGACUUUUUGCGCCCGACGUCACAUGGAUCCUUUGUGGGCAGCAUAUUUGGAAAGUCAGGAAACUCGAAAACCGGGGAAAAGAUGGCUUCCGAAACACCUGACGGCACUGAACUACCGGAACACCGCGAAGGACUCUGGGUUACUAUUACGCCCACAGCCAGCGGGAGCCCUUUCUUCGACACACUGCUCGUUCUUGUGGUUAGCCCGUUGAUCACAUUGAGUGUAGUGUACGCUCUGCUCAUCCUUCGAGCUAAGCUCAGGAGACGACGUUGGCGAGCACCAAAGUCUGUCGUAGAGCGGCUGCCCGUUCGGACAUACCACACAGUCGCCUCGUCUUCAAACCCUUCGAGGCUACCCUCUCCGACCAGCUCGUCCCCGACCACUCCGUUACUACAACAACAGCAACAGUUGCAGCCAUCACCUCCGUCCUUACACGUAGCUUCAUCCUCUCGGUCACGACCUCGAUCACGCACUACUAACGAUGUGCCUGAUUCGAGCGAUGGAAUGUUGAGGGUCGAUCCAGAUCUGCAAACACCACUGACCCCUUCUCGGACUGGCAGGCGGAAAUCCCCACCGCAACUGUCAAGCGAGUGGAGGAAGUACAUGAGUAGACAGGUUGAAUGCGUGGUAUGCUUGGAGGAGUACGUCGAUGGUGUCAGCAGGGUCAUGAGCCUGCCUUGCGGCCACGAGUUCCAUGUGGAGUGCAUCACGCCUUGGUUAACCACACGCCGGAGAACGUGCCCCAUCUGCAAGGGCGAUGUUGUCCGGUCCCUGGCUCGUGGCUCGCCAACCAGUCCCCGUUAUGACCCGUACGACGAAGAAAGCGAUGACGAAGGCGAGGUUUUAGCAUCCGCGAGUGACGACAGCAGACCAACAUCGCCUUCAAACGACAUCGAUGUAGAGCGGGGGAUUCUAUCUUCGCCAAGUCGCAGCUCUGCACGUCCCUCAGGUCGUACCGGUCGGGGCGGCUUGUUUGGCCUGCUUUUUAACACCUGGACUACACUUAGGUCUGCAUCACGAACUGAUUCCGACAGGAACAAUCGCGAUGAUCGCCGUAUUCGAUGA